UGAACUAGUAAAUCAAAUUGCUAUUUCAAAGAGGAGAUCUUUAAAGCAAAAGCGAGACAAGUAAGACUGAAAGCAAUUACUGCAGGCUACAGACGAUACCAGAAUGGUUACUGGAAUAGGCUUAAAAUCUUCCUCAUUUGCUAUAUCAAAAACACAUUUGGCAAAGAGAUCCAAAAUAUUCUUCAUUGAUGCGAGCUAUUUUUCGAGCAAGAAGAUGCCACUUCCGAAAGCCGGAAGCAGUAAUAAAAGAGCUUCCAGAAGUAUCAUUCCAAGACGUUAUAUCGUUGCAGUGUUAUGUUUCUUCAGCUUUAUGGUCUUGAAUAUGCAAAGGCUCAACCUAAGUAUAGCUUUGGUGGCAAUGGUUAACUCUUCAUCGACGAAUCUGACCCUAAAGGAAAUGAUGAACCGAUCUGAGUGCCCUACCCUUUGGAUAGAAAAUGACACUUCGGAACCUAUAUCACUAGGAGGCGAAUUCGAUUGGGAUUCUGAGGUCCAAGGAUACACAGUCAGCGCCAGUUUCUUGGGAUUCGUGCUAACCCAAACUCCCGGUGGAAGGCUUUCUGAAACGCUGGGAGCGAAGCAAAUUCUUGUCUUCAGUGUCAUCUGCGCUUCCUUGUGUAAUCUAAUAUCUCCUUGCGCAGCUGCGUGGAAUGUCUACGUACUCAUGAGCGCACAAUUUGUGAAAGGUUUGGCACAAGGUUUAGUAAGUCCAGCUGUCAGUUGCUUAAUGGCAAAAUGGUAUCCUAAGUUAGAGAGAGGAUUCUUGAGUUCCCUUUCCUUUUCUGGAUAUCCGGCUGGAGCUUUUAUUGGAGGGAUUGUAUCUGGUGCCUUAUGUGAUUCCAGCCUUCUAGGAGGAUGGCCUUCGGUAUUCUAUGUUUUUGGCGCAUGGGGUUUAAUUGUGGCUGUACUUCUUCAACUUUUGAUCUUCAAUGCACCAGAAGAAGACGCCAAUAUCACUGAAGCAGAAUACAAAUACAUUCUUAGUCAUCAAGAAAGUAACAAUAAGGAAAAUAAGAUGGACAUUCCUUGGGGUCGAAUGUUUUCUAGCGUUUCUACCUGGGCACUUCUAGCGGGCAUGUUUGGACAGUACUGGAUGACCUUUUAUUUCAUAUCUGUUUAUCCGAAUUAUCUGGCAACAGUUCUUAAUUUCAGUGUUACUCAGAGUGGACUCAUUUCUUCAGCUCCAUAUAUUCUACAAAUGUUAACUAUGUGGUUUUCGAGUUACUUCUCCGAUCGAAUGCUGAAGAAAGAAUACGCUACUGUAGAUAACACGAGAAAAAUUUGCAAUACUUUAAGUUGCGCAGGUUUCUCCUUGAGUCUGCUCUGUGCGAGCUAUGCUGGCUGUGAUAUAACUCUUAACACAGUUCUCUUUGUUAUCGCUAUGAGUUGCAUAGGUUUCGGUUUUCCUGGGAGCUUGACAGUUCCUCUGGACAUGACCUCCGAAUUUGCUGGAACCCUGAUGGGGAUGUCUUGUACAAUAGCCAGUACGUCAGGUUUUAUCAUACCUCUUGUCGUUGGAUUCAUCACCAGUCAAGAGCAAACAAUUGCUCAGUGGCAUAAAAUUUUAUAUAUUUCUGCUGCUGUUAGCAUCGGUAGUGGUGUUAUAUUUCACAUAUUUGGAUCAGCAGAGCUGCAGACUUGGAGUUCGUCCAAUGACCAAGCAUCGGCGAAGGAAGAUGAAUCUGCAGAGUUCAGAGAUGAAAGGUCUUCCGAAGUCAAACCGAAAGACUCAAUACAAACGCCUCAAAUUUAUAUAAUAAGAUUAUAAGAAAGAUGUUAAAAAACACUGAAAUUUCAGAGCAACUAUUUUAACUCGUGUAUUUAAGGAAUGUAUAAUUUCGCCACGGAAACAAACUUUCCAAAAAUUGAUAUUAUUUUUGUUAAUAUAUUCUUCAGUGCUAUUUGUUAGGAAAAAAUUUAUUUUUUAAUUAUCGUUAUUUAUUUUAUUAAUUUUCCAUUAAAUUAGUCAUGUCUUAAGUUACCUGCCGAUUCUUUCUUCCCCAGGUUUUUGAUAACCUGAAGUGAAUAAAUAUAAAGGGUACUUACAUAUUAUUCCCUCUACCGUAAAAGUUGGCGGAAAUCCUACUAAAGGUUGCGCAAUACUUCCUGAAGAACUCGGAGCGGCACUUCCAUCUGCAACUUUCACAACAAAACAUUUCUCAGUCUCUGCGCAGUCUGCCAAAUAGCCACUGCUGCGAAAGUAUUUGACCACUUCGUUUUUGCGCUUAGAAAAAGACUUUCAUCCAUUUCUACUAAUAGGUCAGUCUCUUCGAAUUUACCGGAAGUUCUGUUUCGAAUGCUUUGAGAAGAAAUCUCCCGACAAAUUUUUCAAAAUGCAAGAAGAAACACAGAAAUUACAGUUAAUUUAUAUCACUGUUCAUAGAAACGAAAGGUGAACUGCCGAGAAACUUGCCGGGAGUCGAUUGGGGCUACAUCAAACGAAAGUGUUGCUAUGAGUGUGCUGUGACGUCUCGUUUAUCCCAAAUCGGCACUAAAUCGUACUGCUUGGCGACAUUUCCCCCGUCGACGGAAUAAUACACAGUACUAUAGAACGUAAAACAGAAUAAACACGGUUAACAACCGCUUUCGUAUACUGACCACGAGUUUAUCUUUCGCCUUGAAUCGUAUUUCAUUUUAGCAGGAGUACACAGGAGCAGAGCUCCGAAUUACCUUCUGAAAGAAAUAGUAAUUUCUGUCACGGAACACAAAAUCUGGUGAAUCUUUACAUUAUGGCAACUUGGCAAUUUUUUGGCGAAAAUUUGGCGACCAAUCCUGCUAGUUUUUUUUUCUGGACGCCAUUUUGU